AUGUUUGAGAUCAAUCUGCUCAUGCAUAGGAUUAUAGCGCCCGGCGACAUGUUGCACUCAAAAUCUUCACUAAUUCUACGUCCAUGGGACAGCAAUUUGGUGACGAGCUUAACAUAUAUAGACGCAUGGAGAAAAGUUCGAAACGCCACCAAGGGCGCAAUUGUGUCAGAACGCUGCUGGACAGUUUUGAAAUUGAUAGAGCUUCUGGCAAGCACCUAUGUCUUAUGCAUCCUUCUUUAUGGAUAUCAGUGCUGUAAUAUCACGAUCGGUAUCGAGGAUGAUUCGGUCUUCACUGAAUUUGAAGAGACAGAAAUGCAAAAUCCCCGUCCCAGAAAGGUCGUGGGUCCAGAUGGAAGAACAAUAUACCUAUCUCAGGACCUCAGAAUGCCGAAGAGAAUAGGCCAUCCGGUUCUAUGCGAUUUCGGAUCUGCCGUGCCCGGUGAUAUAGAGCACUCGGAGGACAUCCAACCUAAUCUUUACCGCGCUCCUGAGGUAAUUCUUGCGGCCCCGUGGACAUACAGUGUUGAUAUAUGGAACGUGGAAUGCAUGAUCUGGGACAUUUUUGAGGGAGGCCAUUUGUUUACGGGCCACGACCCAGAAUUUGAAACGUAUCGAAGUCGAGCCCAUCUUGCCAAUAUGAUAAAUCUUUUCUUGGUCCUCCGCCUACCAGCCUUCUUAAACAAGGGACAGCCAGCAGCAGAUUCUUUACUGAGGAAUGUCGCCAGUUAUGAGUAUACAGAUGAGUUCCGCGCUAAAGAUUUACUGAGAAAUCACGUUCCCCUUGAGGAGAGAGAAACUACUCUCGAUGGCCAAGACAAAGUGGAGUUUGUGCGGUUGAUGCGGAAGAUGCUGCAGUGGGAGCCGGCAAAGCGCAGCUCUGCUAAUGAGCUAGCUGAAGACGAAUGGCUUCGGAGACACCUAUAG